CCCCCUCCUCUCGAAAUGUUCCAACGCCCACCACCAACAGAUAAUGUGCCGCUGUAUGUGCUGGCGCCACCAACGUCUGAUCUCAUCAAGGACACAGCCCCAUCCAACAUGGCGACCAAGCGGAAGCAAGAUGACAAACAUCUGAAAAUUCUCCGGGAGCUUGGGACAAAACCGGAGAACAAAAAAUGCUUCGAUUGCGAGCAAAGAGGACCCACAUAUGUCAACAUGACAGUCGGAUCCUUCGUUUGUACUCGAUGCAGCGGGAUUUUACGGGGUCUUAACCCACCCCACCGAGUCAAGUCCAUUUCUAUGACAAGUUUCUCACCGCAAGAAAUUGAAUUCCUGGAAAAACAUGGUAAUGAGUUUUGCAGGCAGACAUGGCUAGGCCUUGACAAUUCCCGAGGAUCCUCAUUGGAAUCCAAAGAUGAGCAGAAAGUCAGGGAUUACAUGGUACAGAAAUAUGAGAGAAAGAAAUGGUAUAUUCCUGCCAGUCAAGUCAAGCUGAACAACAGCAGCAGUAACAGCACACCAGAGGCCCAACCACUCAGGCAGAUAGUAGCAAGUGAUUCUCCCAAGACGACACUGUCCUCUUCAUCAUCUUCGCCUCCUACCACUAAGGUAGCUGCCAAGAUCUCCUUACCGAUGCCUGGUGCUGUGCCUGGGCCAGCCUUACAGGCUCACUCUAAAGUAGCAACAUCAGAACCAAGCCAGCAGAAACCAUCCAUGGAUUUACUGGGAGAUCUAGGUGGAGAUCCAUUCAGCCAGCCACAGCAACAACCGCAGCAAACAGCAGCAUCAGCAGGUGGAUUUGCAAACUUUGGCCAGGCAUUCUCAGGUCAAGCUGCCCAAGGAAAUAAACCAGCUACAUUUGAUCCGUUUGGUGCCACGCCAUCAUUUUCUUCUUCUACUAGCUUCAAUGCAUUUGGUCAGGCCGCACCACAGACAGGCACCAGUAUCAACGCUGUACCAGCUAGUGCAAGCUUUAAUGCUUUUGGUGCCGCUGCUGUCCCAUCUCAACCAGCCAGCAGUGGUUUUGCAGCAUUCAGCUCAGUUCCUCCUUUGACUCAAGCUACAGGGAGUAACGCCAAAGUCAACCAGACAGCACAGUCUCUACUAAACCUCAGCUUAACAACAUCGACUUCCAGCAGCACAGCAGCACAACAAGUCAACUCAAGCGCCGACAAGUAUGCCAUUUUUUCAAGUCUUGCGGCAGAUGGAGCUAGCGGAAGUACAGGGUCUGGAAGUAUAGACUGGACAGGUGGAGGAGGGUCAUCAUCUGGUGGCUCCAUUGAUUGGAGUGGGCCAAACAAAGCAAGUGGAUCUAGUCUCUUGAGUGGAGGUGGAAUUGAUUGGGGACCAGGAAGUAAUACAAACAUUAAGCAGCCAACAUCCAGCGGACUGAGUCUCAUGUCCUCUGGACCUAAUCCCUUCAGUGGCCAGUCAAGCUUAUCGGGAAUGCAGGGACAGACUAACACACAACCUGUCUACACAGGCAGUAUGGGGGGCUUGGGCUCUCAAGCUACACCCCAGACAAGUGGGUUUGGGGCAUUUGGUGCCACCCAGGGGGUAACGGGUUCAAUGGGUCCAGCCACGGGUAGUUUGAUGAAUGGAGGGUUUAACCAGCCACAAGGAGGGGCUUUCCCUCCCCAAGGGGGAUUUGGGAGUGUGACACCCUUGCAAGGGAGUGCACCACAAGGACAGAUGGGUGGAAUGGGAGGUGGGUUUGGGAUGCAACCACAAGCGGGUUUCCCUCCAGGUGGUGCAGCCAUGGGUGGUGGUAUGAAGGCAGGAUUCGGUACUGCUGCCCAGCCAGGUAUGGCUGGAGCUGGCCAGGGCUUUGGUCAAGGAGGGUUUGGAGGAACCAUGCAAGGGGGAUUUGGAGCCCCUACCCAGCCAGGGAUGAAUACCAUGCAGCCUGUGGGUAUGAGCCAAGCAGCUGGGGCUGGACUUGGAUUGCCAGGAUCCAUGGGAACACCACAGAAUGCAGCAGGUGGAAUGGGCUUUGGGGCUCAACCACAAGGCAUGACAGCAGCGACAGGUGGCUGGCCACAGCAGCAGUCCAAUCCAUUCAUGGGUCAAGUGGAUAAUUUCUCUAGCCAGCAAUCACAGUCUCAACGUUCCACCAAUCCGUUCAUGUAGCUCCAUCCUUCAACUCAAAUUGCCAAGAAAGUACAGUGAGUCUUAUGAACAUAUGGAGUGUAAUAUUUCCCUCGGGCCAUUUUGUUGUAAAGUAAAAUCUUUCUAGUUUAACGCUGUAUUAUAAAUGUCUUCUGAAAAGAAUGCUUUUGAUUUGAAAAAAUGAUUAGAAUUACUAACUGCUAAAAAUGGAAAGCGUAUGUUGAAAUUAACUAAUGCUAGUAUAAGAGCAACCUUAAUACACUUCCAACUUUGGGCAAUAAUGUUUGCACACAUUAGCACUUGUAUCUGUGACACAUUUAGCACCAGUCACACUGAUGCCUUCAGAAGACACUGACUCUAAAUCACAGAUAUGAAAUCCCACACAUAUAUGUGGAAAUUGUUCAUUUUUGGGGGGUGAAUUGGAAUGGGUUAUGUUUAUUAGAAUGUCUCUGUUCUGAUAUAUAGCAGUGGGUUUGCUUGAUUGCUUCAUAACUUCCCUUCUUCAUCAUUGUUCCAUACUAAGAAUUUAAAAAGGCUUGUGAAUAUCAAUCUUGCGGUUAAGUUUUUAUAAGAAAAAUUUUUAGAAAAUGAAUUUAAAAAAAACUAAUAGGAAGGGGGAAAAAUGAGACAUUUUUCUUGUGUCUUGUUGGUUGCUUAGAACAUUUGAGUUGAAAAUUAAGGUUUGAUUGAAAUUUAUGUGGCUUUUUCGCUUGGUGUAAAAUCUAGAACAAACUUGAAACUGUGGUGAGACCUGUUUCCAUCAGUUGAGGUUUCCUAACAGAAAUACAUUCAGGUUAAUUUGUAACCAUUUGUCAUAAAAGUUUGUGUGAAGGCUGUGUAAUGGAAUGUGCUGUUGAACCUGUAAGGGGUAUUCCAGUGCCAUAUUUAGAGAUAAAUUGUCAACAAACCUUCAUUUUCAGCUGAGAUUUACACUGUAUGUAGAUAAAGUACUCUCCAAAUUGUACGCCAAAACAGCAUGCAUGGCUUGUGAAUUGUGCUGUGUGAAUCAAAUUGUGCGUGCAAAUGAUGUGGUCUCAGAAUUAUUUUUUAAGGCAAGAAAAGGUUAAGAAGUUAAAAAAAAGAGGAAUUAUCAAAUAAUGUGAGGGUCAUUAAAAGAUAGGAAAAGCUCAUUCAAUCAAGAGUUACUAAGUGAACCAAAAUGACUUUCAGAAGUUAGUUUCACUUGUAUUGAAUGGGCAUGUCAUCAGUUCAAGAGUGCAACAUGACAUGGGAUGCUUAAAAGGAAUGAUUGGAGGUUUCUUUAUGAUAGAAGAGACUUGCAGUUCUGAAUGAUUAACUUGUCUUUGAGAAGAGUCUGAAAGGGUUUCAUUGGAAAAUUCAAAUUGAGAGAGAAAAUUCUUGAUUUCACUUCCUGGAAAUUGAAAUUUGUACCUGUUAAUGCAGCUGUCGGUUUUUCUCCCUUUCUAAAAAUCUGCUAAACAUGCCAAAAUCUAAUGUGGCAUUUUAAAUUAAAGAGCAGCAAGUCCAGUUUCUGUUCCUUCCAAUACCGAGGGUCUGAUAUUCCAGUUUUGUAGAAUAAACAAUAAACAUACAAGCAAUGUUUCAUUAGAUUUUGGCAGAUAGUGGAAACUCCAUGUACCUGACAAAUUCAACCAGACUUAUGGUUGAAACAGACUAAAGUGCAAACAAGGUCACAUUUUAUUAAAAUACCAAAAUUUAAGUAUUGAUAUAAAACAAGAAAUGAAUCUUAUGCCAUAGGAACUAUGUCAGCUAUUAACUGCUUUCCACACAAAUGCAAAACGAUGAAUUCAAAUCCAUAUACCGGUAGCUGACACUGGCGGGUAAGGAGGUCUUCAUGAGUUAAAUACAUGAAACUUUACACUGGUGCCCAUGGGUUACUAGGAGUGAAAUGGUUGAGAUCUAUGUACAUCUGUCUGACAUGAUCAAUGAGUUUGGCCCCCCAAAAACCCAAUAAUUUUCAGGACUGUAUGAACACUAAAAAUGAAAGGACAAAUCUGUGUUGACAAGAGAAAUGAACAUCAGAGGGCCCAUCUGUAUUUCUGAAAUGAAACUAUUGUAGGUAAUGGUUUGAAUUCCUACGUAUGAUGUGUUUCUAUACCUUGGCAGAUAGACGAUAGUUGUAGUAGGGGUGUAAUAAUUUCAAGGCUUAUGUAUAUGCUGCACUUGUUUGUAAAGUUUUUCUAUUGUAUUAAAAGACAAGAAAAAGAUGAGUUGGAGGUGGGCCACUAUUGACUCCACCCACUCCUAUUAUCUUUACCCAUUCUAGUGACACUCUGAGUGUCUAGCUUCCCCUAAGAAAGAUUAAUGAGCUGGUUUUUUGUCCAACAGCAUAGGCGAGGUCUAUCCCAGAUCAUUUGGGUACAGCAACACAUGGAGGCAAGGUCUAUCCUAGGUCAUUUGGGUACAGCGACACACGCAGGCAAGGUCUAUCCCAGAUCAUUUGGGUACAGCGACACAUGCAGGCAAGGUCUAUCCCAGGUCAUUGGGUACAGCAACACAUGGAGGCAAGGUCUAUCCUAGGUCAUUUGGGUACAGCGACACACGCAGGCAAGGUCUGUCCUAGAUCAUUUGGGUACAGUGACACAUGUAGGCAAGGUCUAUCCCAGGUUAUUCGGGUACAGCGACACAUGCAGGUAAGGUGUACCAGCUUGACCACAUACAGUGUACCGACUCACACUCAAGAACCACUCGGAUGAUCUGUGACAAAAGUGUAACUAUUUCAUUGUUCAUCUUGUCACUAUGUUACUGACUUGAUAUCUGGCUCAUGACUUGGCUUAUGACCGAGUAGAUUGUCACUCCACUAUUUAAAUACAUUCUGUCACCCACCCAAACACAAACUGAGAGAUUACACCUGUGGUUAUAAAUUACUGUUAACACCCAUACUAAUCUCACCGUUGGAACACAAUAAUUUGAUUGUAUUGCACUGUCUUAGUUCACCAUGGUAAUGAUUCACAAAGUCUUUUCUAAACUUGGUUUAAACAAUUUCAAAUCUUGCGUGUGAUUGGAGGACGGAUGUAUUAGAAAGAAAUGCCAAUGAAUAUGCAAAUUAGUCUUUAUUAGAAGCUGAUAUAGUCACUUUGUGUAUGUAGGUAUGUGUAUGUUCAGCACUGGAUUAUACAUAUUUAAUGUAGUUCCAUGUAAACUGCUGUUACUCCAUUGUGUACCAAAAUGCUGUAUAAAAUAAAAUGUUCAUUUCUAGCAAAGUCA